AUUCAAAAUUGGUUACUUUGUGUUUGGAACUGAUAAGUUAUCUCUAACAAAGCAAGUUUUAUACAGAAUGAAAUGAUAUCAUUCCUUUGUUGAACGUCAAAAACUUCACUUGUUAUUGUUAGUCAUUCUUACAGACAACGUGUUUGUGGUUUAAGUGAAAUGAAUUUGAAUGAAAAUGUUUGGAAAAGGUAAAAAGAAAAAGGAGGAAAAUGCGGAAAUACGCAGAACCAGUGUAACCCAACAGACUAACAAUGGGUCUGUACACAUUACAGCUACAAGAACAACCACUACAUAUGAAAGGACCAUCACAUCACAGGAAACUAGAUCGGUAGUUUUGCAAGGAAGUAGUGUUAACACCGCCUCAAACUUUGUGUUCCCCCCUCCAAGAACUUCAAUUCCUAGUAUUACACCAAGAACUCCAUUAACAGAUGGAACAAGUUUUACACCAAGUUAUGGUUCAAGUAUUAAAAAACCACCCACUAGAUAUGAACCUGUUUAUGAGAGAACAAAAAUGUUAAGUGCCAAAAGUAUUGGUACUUCAUUACCAACAAGUCCGAUUGCAAGUAGUUUUCCAACAAAAAAUUUUGGAUAUUCUUCGACAACGCCAAACCAUCCAAAAAGUAGCACAUCCGCCCUAAAACUAAGCAGUUCCUAUUCUGCCAUUCCCACCAAGGAUGCUCAAAGUCCAACUUCCAAAACUGUUUCACCAAAACCGAGACCUUUUUCUGCUGAAGUUUCUUCAUCCAUCAUACCAAGUAUACCAACUUAUGACACAAAAGGCUCUAAACGCGGUAAAGUUCUUAUCAUAAAUAAUAUUGCGUUUAAAGGGAAGCACGAGCGUAAAGGAGCUGAACAAGACAGCACAAGAUUAACAAAAUUGUUCACCAAAUUGAAAUUUAAUGUGACCGCAAAGAAGGACCUUAAGAGAAGCGGUAUGGAAUCGGAGCUUAAAAAAUUUGCCGCUGACACUUCUCUUAAAUCUCACAACAUGAUGAUAUGCGUGGUGAUGAGUCAUGGUACCAACAUGAAGGAUUCAAAUGGCACCAUAACCCAGAUAAGUGGGAUAGAUGAUGAGUUACUUUGGGUCAACGAUAUCCUGAAAAUAUUUGCAGACGAAAAACACAAACAUUUGGUUGGAAAACCCAAAAUAUUUAUUUUCCAAUGUUGCAGAGGCGAUGAUGAGUUGGUUCAUACUGAUGCAACUCCAUUUAGACCAACAGCAAGAAGCUAUUCUGACAUGCUUAUAGCAUAUUCAACUUUACCUGGUUUUGUUUCCUAUAGAGAUCCCGUAGAAGGCUCGUGGUACAUUCAAAAGCUGUGCGAAGUGAUUGAAUUGCAUGGACAUUCUUUAGAUAUUGAAGAUAUUUUAAAAAUUGUUGACGAAGAAAUAUCCAAAAUGGGUAAAACUAAUACGCAGACUGCUUGCUAUGAGUCGAGAGGAUUUAAGAAGUGUUAUUUGUAUCAGAACUGAAAAUUAG